AUGUUGCUGCGACAGCGUGUCCGCUUGUUCAAAGAGGCUUUCCCAUGGGCAAGGGUUUUUAGGGCACAUUUACAUUUGCACGAAUAUGAAGCCAAGAACCUUUUAAAGAUGGCCCACGUAGAUGUGCAGCCUUUUGUUGUGGUUGACGCGUCCAUGGAUCGGGUAGAGGCAGAGAGUAUCGUCAAGACCCUGGCUGCAGCUUAUCCCAAUGAUGCGCUGGUGGUAAAGGCCCAGGUGCUUGCCGGCGGUCGCGGAAAGGGACGGUUCCCAGAAUCUGGCCUCCAUGGCGGAGUUAAAGUAAUGGUCGCCAAAUCUGUGGACAUUCAAAAAGAGACCUACCUUGCGAUAGUGCUUGACCGUCGGACACGCUCGCCAAUGCUGAUAUGCUCUCCAAUCGGUGGAAUCGAUAUUGAGAAAGUGGCCGCUGAAAAUCCCGAGGCUAUUUUAGCGGUUCCUCUUGAUGGUGCGGAUACACCCAUCCCAAUGGAGCUCAUCUGCCGCCAUUUGGGCCUGCCAGAGGUUGACGUCGAAAUCCACCGCCAGAUCGCCGCGCUAAUUAGGAUUUUUUUCUCAAGCGAUGCCUUACAGGUGGAGAUUAAUCCACUUGCCAUGCUUACAAACGGCAAAGUGAUGGCUAUCGAUUCCAAAAUCGAAAUCGAUGAUGCCGCCCUGUUUCGGCAGCGUGGCUUUUCAACGGCAUCAACACAAGACAAACGGGAGGCUGCUGCCUCUGCGCUUGCGCUGUCAUUUGUAAAUCUCAGCGGUACCGUUGGGUCGCUAGUCAAUGGCGCUGGCCUUGCCAUGGCCACGAUGGAUCUCAUCAAAGAGUUCAAUGGAAGUGCUGCAAAUUUCCUCGAUGUUGGCGGCUCCGCCUCCGCCUCGCAAGUGGCAGGUGGUUUGCACAUCAUCGCUUCAGAUCCAAACGUACGGGCCAUUUUCGUAAAUAUUUUUGGCGGCAUCAUGCGAUGCGAUACCGUUGCUUCUGGUCUGAUAUCAGCCUAUCGGCUACUUGAACAAAAAGGCAUUGUACUCCCGCCAACAAUUGUUCGACUUGCCGGCACGCGGCUUGAAGAGGCAACCGCGCUAAUAAAAGACUCUGGGCUCCCCUUUCUCUUCACAACGGAUCUUUCUGAAGGGGCCAGAUUGGCCGUCGCUGCUGCCACACGCGAUACGGCGGCACCAGCGCCAUCGUUUAGAUGUACGUUGACUGCACAACAAAUCCGAUAA